AGAAAUCUUAAGAGAUCCAUUGACAAGAAUAGUCAGACACUAUUAGCAAAGUCUAGUAAUUUUCAAAUAUUAGAUCUCAUAGAUGAAACUAUAACAACAGUUAUUGAGGAUGAAACAGUUAUAAAGAAUAAUAUUAUAGCAACAGAUUUAAAAGAUAAACCUAUAGAAAUAUCUUAUCAAACAAAGAUAGAUUUUGAAGAUUCAAGAAAUGAGUUAAAAUCUUGUUAUAAUAAUAAAUCUGAUGAAGCUAAAUGUUCUGCUAAAAUAAAUAAUAAUAUUUUGUAA